ACACCUAUAACAUACAACGAUUUCUACCUCUACUUUGACUACAUGAUUGAUAUCGGCAUCCAAACCCAGUAGAUGUUAUGUCAAAUGAAGCUGAAUAAGUCAACAAUUCUCCCAUAACUUAACACUAAAGAAUGUCAAUAAACAGAACAAAUAAUAAAAACUUCACUCAAAAUUCAAACUGUUCGAGCAAAAGCCCCAACUUCAAGAGCUUUUAACCAAUUAUAAGAUAAACUUUAAGCAUAACUAUUUAAGCAAUAGACCCUUAUCAGUUCUUCCAAGAAAGUAUAUUACUUUGGUUACCCAUAAAAAAGAUUUGAACUUUGAGGUUUAUAUAAGCAAAUAGAAAAGACCCAGUUCAAGUUUAGAACUUGUCAAGGCAAAAACAGAGAAACUGCGAGUUGAAACGAAGCAGAGUUACCAGCAAACAGCGAAGUGAGUCCAAAGAUAUGAGUGGGUAGUGGGAGAUCCAAGAAACUUUACUGUUUAUGUUAAGAUAAUAGCCAAAACGACACUGUUUUGAAAGGCUCUUGAACGCACCGUUUGAAGCUCCUCUAAUUCUAAUAUAAGCUGUUCUACCGGCCCAGUAGAGAGAAUACUGAGCACAGUUUCACUUUCCCAAGAAUUGAACAAAUGGAAGAAGAAAAAGAAGUGGGAGAAGCAUCAAAGGAAGUGAGAGUUGGGGAAGUGAAGGAAGGAGUGGCAUCAAUAGCAUUAUUGCCAAGUGGGAGCCUUUCAGGCCACUUCAUUCAGCUUCCUCAAUCUAUCUGCUAUGGCCUUCAUGGCACUGAGUUGGCUUGUGAGAUGGAGUGCAGCAGGGGUGAGGAUUACCGCUUGAUCAAGCUCACAAUCAUAGACUACAAUAGUAAGAAGGAGCAGACUGUUGUAGUGGAGUGUAGAGGGCAUGAUGCUGCUCGGUUCCGUAACAUUGACCAUGCUCAUGGUUGGGAGAAGGAUAUUGUGGAUAUGGUUGAACAAAAAGAAGGGAAGAAAAAGGUUUUGAUCUCAUUUGAGUGUGAGACACUAAAAUCUGACAAAGCAGCUGAAGACCAUAUAAAGCAGUUCAUGCCUAAAUUAUCAGGGCUAGAUGCUGUUGUUAAUAUUGGACGGAUGAGCAUAUCAGGGUUGGACUUUGAAGCAGAAGAAGCAGAUUCUAAGCAGGAUUUAUCAACUCCUUAAGAUGUAUAUUCUCCUUGUGUAAUUCACCAGAAUAUGAACAUAUGAAAGCAAUCUAAUCUAUUGCUUUUGUUGAGGUGAAUAUUUUUUUAUAUCUGAUUUCUGUCUAUGAGAUGAGUUCAUGAAUAAAUAUUCAAUAUCUCACUGCCAUUCCUGGAUCCAACUCCCAAAUGACUUCUAUUAUGAGAACCAAGGCUUCUAAUUGUAAACUUGGUGCUUCAGAGAUGUAUCAGAAAGCUACAAUCAUCCAACAGAUUUUCAAAGUUGAGGGAACAUUGAU